UCGUAUUCCGUCGUCCACACCAACAACGUCGCCAGGUGUUGCUAUUCCGAGAGGAACAUCAACGACUUUGGGAGCAUUUCGUUUUGGCCGGCGCUCCUUUUGCUUCCCUUUCUUGUCAGAUGAUGGCCGGAUGCCAUCAAAAAAGGUCUUGAGAUCGAGCAAGCGAGAUGAUGAAGGGCGUUCCGCAUGAGCGAGUGGUGAUGCAGAGUAAGUAUCCCAUCCACGAGACGUGUCGAAGCGUUGGUAAGUCGCGAAACUCUCCUUCGCUUUUGUGCAGAGUUUGCACCCGACGGUAUCAUUGCAAAAAGCACUGCUCCCCAACGGGAACUCGCUCGCAUGGAAACCACAAAUGAUGCAAACGAGGGUGCACUCGGCACCCUCCGCAUCACGCUCAGACGUGCCCCUCGUAUGUCUCUGUCACAAUUCAAUGCACGACUUCAAUAUAAGAAAAAUCAAACUGGUACCUACAUCAAGACAUUUCUCGGACGCCGUCAGCGCAAGUAUCUUCGUGGGAAGGCACGGGAAUUGGACUCGAAUGGAGGCGAGAGAAAACGGAGGAGGGCACAAGUGGAGUAUGACCGAAAGCUGAUUGAAAAGAACCACGAGAUUGACAAGCGGAGGAAGGAACGGAGGGACGCCGCCACUGCAAAGCUCGAUGCCGUUGUGCCUUGUCUUGUGGAUGCAGACUUGGCCAAGAUGCGUGUUGCUGACAUUGUUCUACAGCAAAGCGGAAGGAGGACAAAUUGAAGGUCCUGAGGGAAGCUAUCGCACGUUACACGAGUGGGGAGGUUAC